AUGGUAAAAUCCAAAGAGCACGAUGUUGUCGGCGUUAGCGGCAGCGACGAGUGUUUCAACGACGGCAGUACUGCUUCUGCUUCUGCUGGUGCUACUGCUACUGCUGCUGCUUCUGCUGCUGCUGCUGCUGCUGCUGCUGGUGCUGCUGCUGCUGGUACCGCUGUCGACUGUGGUGCUGGUAGUGGUGGUGAUGGUAGUGGUGGUAGUAAUGGUGGUGGUGGUGGAGGAGGUGAUGGCAGUGGUUCUGGCGGUGGUGGUGGUUGUGCCGAUGGUGGUGGCGGCGCUCGAGGAGGGCGGAAGACCACCUGGCAGCGCGGAGCGGAAAGAGCGCGAGGAGGAUGGAACGAUCGGGUAGAGGUCGAGGGGGUUUGGGGAUUGGAGCAGGAAGAGGUGGAGGAGGUAGAGAAGGACGGUGGGGGAGGGCAGGGUGAGUGA